AUGUAUAUUCCUGAGUACAGCCAGAUUGUGGGCCCUCUCUACUUGGUCACCCACAAGAACACUUUUCAGUGGGGCCCUGAACAGCAGCAAGCCUUUGCCCAGAUCAAGCAGAAGAUCACUCAUGCGGAAAAAAUUAGGGAGGCCAAAGCUCAGUUUGAACUCAAAAUGGUGACUUCUGUAAAGGAUAAUAAAAAAUGUUUUUACAAAUAUAUUAGCAUCAAAAAGAAGGGCAAGAACAAUCUUCGUUCUUUAUUAGAUGCGGGAGGGAACAUAGUGACUGCAGAUGAGGAGAAGGCAGAGGUGCUUAACACCUUCUUUGCCUCAGUUUGUAGUGGGAAGACAAUUUGCCUCAGGACAACUGUCCUCUUGGGUGGGUUGAUGGUAUCAGGGACCAGAAUGGUUCCCCCUGUUAUCCAGGAGGAGGCAGUCAGAGAACUGUUGAGAUACUUGGAUAUUCAUAAAUCUAUGGGACCAGAUGGGAUCUAUCCCAGCGUGAUGAGAGAGCUUGCAGAUGAGAUUGCAAAGCUGCUCUUCAUCAUUUACCAACAGUCCUGGGUCACUGAUGAGGUUCUGGAUGACUGGAAGGUGGCCAAUGUGACACCCAUUCACAUAAAAGGUGGGAAGGAGGAUCCUAGUAAUUAUAGGCCAGUCAGCCUGACCUCAGUACCAGGUAAGGUAAUGGAGCAGUUUAUACUGAGUGUCAUCAUGCAGCACUUACAGGAUGGCCAGGGUAUUAGACCUAGCGAGCCUCGGGUUAGGAGGGGUAGGUCGUGUUUGACCAACCUGGCCUCUUUUUAUGACCAAGUGACCUGCCUGGUGGAUGGGGGAAAUGCUGUGGAUGUUUUCUAUCUGGACUUCAGCAAGGCCUUUGACACUGUCUCCCACAGCAUACUCCUGGAAAAACUGGUACCCCACAGCUUGGACAGGAACACUCUUUGCUGGGUUAAGAACUGGCUGGAUGGCCUGGCCCAGAAAGUGGUGGUGAACCAUGCUGCGUCUAGCUGGUGGCCAGUCACUAGUGAUGUCCCCCAGAAGUCUGUGCUGGGGCCAGUUCUGUUCAAUAUUUUUAUUGAUGACAUGGAUGAAGGGAUUGAGUCUUUCAUUAGUAAAUUUGCAGAUGACACUAAGCUGGGAGCAUGUGUCGAUCUAUUGGAGGAGAGAAGGGCUCUGCAGAGAGACCUGGAAUGGUUGGAUGGAUGGGCAGAGUCCAAUAAGAUGACAUUUAUUAAGUCUAAGUGCCAAGUCCUGCAUUUUGGCCACAAUAACUCCCUACAGCGUUAUAGGUUGGGGAUGGUGUGGCUGGACAGUGCCCAGGCAGAAAGGGGCCUAGAGGUACUGUUUGGCAGCCGACUGAACAUGAACCAGCAGUGUGCUCUGGAGGCCAAGAAGGCCAACAGCAUCCUGGCCUGUAUCAGGAAUAGUGCGGCCAUCAGGACCAGGGAGGUCAUUCUUCCCCCACACUCGGCACUGUCUGGGACCCCAGCCAGUGGCCGAACUGUGAUCCUGCCUGCCGGCAGCAGAGGCGAGGCACAGCCACUCCUGACGUGCAUGUCAAAAGCGAAAGGAGGACGCAACAUCAGGUUGGCGCCCAACUGUGGGGCCAGCGCGAGCAAAACCCCACGGAAAGAACUGUCUUCAGGGUGCGUGGAUGCCCCUGUGAAGUUUGUGGACUGUCAAGCGCCUGCGGGCAAAAUCACGCACUUUUUGAGUGCUGUGGCUCCCGGCGGUUCCCACAGUACUGUGGAAAAAGGGAAGGAUGAAGUAGAAGAGCGGAUGUUGGACGACGGCAACCCAGUCAUCUUCACAGCACCUGUGUCUUACAGUGCUAGGGGAAAGCAUCCCAAGUGGGCACCUUUUCCCUACAACAACAUCAAAAAAUUAUUCAAAACCCAGAAGGAGGUUGAUCGGUCAAUGGUGACGAAUUCACCGACCAUCUGCCAAUGGUACAUCACCAGAGUCUUGUCCCUAGUGCGUGCCAAAGCAGGAGAGUGCAUCAUCUAUCAUUACAUAGAUGAUGUACUCAUAGGCGCCCCCGACGACAACACAAUCACACAGGUUCUUGAUGAUACUGUUAUUGCUUUGUCGGCAGCAGGAUUUGAGUUAAAUCAUGAAAAAGUGCAGAGGCUGCCGCCCUGGAGAUAUUUAGGCCUCAAAAUCACCAACUGCACGGUUUCAUCGCAGAGGGCAACUGCGGAGCUGAUGCCUUGGCUGCACCGUUACAGCUGGCUGGCCAAGGCAAUGCCUUCCUUCGAGCGAGACUUAGCCAUCAGCAGUUCCAUCAGAAUGUGCCUGUGGAUCCUGCGCAAAUGGGUCAGGCCGUACCUGUUAGCUGAGAAAGAAAAAGACCGCCAAACUAUCACCCCGUCACUGUUGCAGGACCCAGCCAAUGUGGCUCUAGCCUCCAACUGA